AUGGUCGGCAAAUUCGAAAACAUUAACACCUCCAUCAAGUCUACUACACAGGAAUCUACGAUCAUGGAUAGCCAAACUAUCGCGCAAGUGACGCACACGUUGCAGACUGUGGCUAUAGCAACCCUCUUCCUCGCAAUAUGCGUAUAUGUUCCCAAGCUCAAGCUCAAGGCCCAGCUGGGAAGUCUGCCGGCCCUCAACAGCGGAGAGAGCGGAGAAAAACACCGAAAGACAUACCUCACUUCUGCAAAGAAAAUGUAUGCAAAUGGUUACGCCAAAUUCAAAGACUCCGUUUACAGAAUUGCAGGAGAGCAGGGCGAAGACAAUAUCGUUAUACCCCCGAGCCUGCUCCCAGAGUUACGGAAACUCCCUGACGAUGUUCUCAGCUUCCCCGUAGCCGUCAAGGAUCUCAUGGAAGUCAAAUAUACCAAACUGCGUGUUGAAGGGGCUACCGGUCUCCAUGCAGUCAAGUCUGACCUCACACCAGCACUCCCUCGAUUGAACCCAGUUAUCGCCUCGGAAGUCGACGCCGCACUGCGAGAAGCUAUGCCCCCAUGCGAAGACUGGACUGAAGUCUCCAUUUUCAAAGAACUCGUCGAUGUUAUUGCAAAAGUCUCCGGUCGCAUCUUCGUUGGGCCAGAACUAUGUCGCAACCCAGAGUAUAUCAAGCUUGGGUCCAACUAUACAAUCGAUCUCGUGGGAGCGGUCACAGCUGUCAAGCAGGUCCGUUCAUGGCUGAAGCCGUUCUUGUGUCAUCGCCUCCCGGAGGUCGUUAAGCUCCGCAAGUGCGAACAACAAUUAAAGGAGUUCCUGCGCCCGAUCAUAGAGGAGAGGAUGAAUGCCAAGUCGAAAGACCCGAAUUGGCAAGAGCCAGACGACAUGUUGCAGUGGAUGAUCACGCGGGGUAGAGGUAAAGAUUCAAUCAACGACAUUACUGCCUUCCAACUAAGCCUCAUCUUCGCCGCCAUCCAUACCACGAGUAUGACCGUCACCAGCAUCAUGCACACGCUCGCCGUCACACCAGAGUACGUUGACCCUCUCCGUGAGGAGAUCCGCAAUGUCAUGGCCAAUAAUGAUGGAAUCAUCACUUCUCGUGCUCUGCAACAGAUGGAGAAGGUUGAUAGCUACAUGAAGGAAGUAUUACGCGUCUACCCAACGGCCAUUACGGCCUUCACCCGCCGCGUCCUCAAAGGCAUCACCCUCAGCAACGGGCAAUACAUCCCCCCCGGCGUCACCAUCGAGGUCCCCUCCGCAGCCGUUUACCUCGAUGAAAAGAAUUACCCCUCUGCGGACGAAUUCGACGGUUUCCGCGCUUACAAGCUGCGCGCAAGCGGCAAAGCAGCGGAUAUCGCGCGCAACCAGUUCGUCACUGCCAACGAGACCAACCUCAACUUUGGCUACGGAGCCCAUGCUUGCCCUGGCCGUUUCUUCGCUGCCAAUGAGAUCAAGAUGGUCUUGGUGAGGCUGAUACUGGAGUAUGAUGUUAAGAUGCCGAAUGGCGAAACGGAGCGGUAUGCAACGAUCGAUGUUGGGACGCAGAGUAUGCCGGAUUCGACGAAGAGUUUGGCGUUCAAGAAGGUGCAGAUUUGA